AGCCCAACCUGUACUUCUACCGCAGUGCAACCGGAGGUCAUUUACCUUCGUCUCAAGCAACUGACAAUACGAAGAAGCCACAAAUCACAAACAGUUUAAGCAUAAUUAAAAGUAUGUUACAUCAUGUGUGGCCAAAGGAUCGAAAUGAUUUGAAGAUUAGGGUUGUACUUGCAAUUUCAUUACUUGUUGGAUCUAAGGUAAAAUUCUUUUGAAGCUCAGUUUUCUGCAGGGAUGGUCAAUGUAAAACAUAUAAAGCUGUUUUUAAAUGUUUAGGUUUUGAAUGUCCAAGUGCCAUUUUUAUUCAAAUAUGCAGUUGACCAUCUGAAUAAUGCUGCUCCAUUAAUGGACACUGUCGCCGGUAGUGCCAUGACGCUAACAACAGCUUUAUUGCUUGGAUGUAAGUUUGAUAUAUUGAUUAAUGAUGAGCUCAAUGAGCUGUUACCCCAUGCACCCAACAGUCCAAAGUGUUGGAUUAAGAAGACUAUCUGCCCAUGUCUCUUGUUAUUAAGUCUCUUGUUAUUAAACAUUAAGUCACAUUUAUAUGCCUUAAUCCAUUAAGUUACAUGUAUAUUGCACUCUAAUGAGUCUUUCUUUAUUACUUUAUUCUGUCUAACAACAGAUUAUUUUACUCUGUCUAACUACUACAGUAUUACAUGGUAUUGCAAUUACUAAAUAUGCUACUCAGGGAAUUCCUCUGGGGAGUUGAAGAAAUGAUACAUAUAGUAAAUAUAGGUUGAAAUAUAUUUAGACGGUGCUGCAAGAGCUGGUGCAUCCCUUUUUAAUGAAUUGAGAAAUGCUGUGUUUGCUAAAGUAGCACAAAGCUCAAUCAGAACUGUUGCAAAGAGAACAUUCUUGCAUUUACAUAACCUUGAUCUCAGUUUUCAUCUCUCGAGGCAAACUGGUUAUCUCUCAAGAGCAAUUGACAGAGGAACAAGGUACGAUUACAAAAAAUUAUUUUAACACAUCUUAUGUUACGUUGUGUGCAACUUAAUGUGUUCUGUUUAAGCCACCAUUAAGUUUCGGAUUCCAUUUAUAGUCAUAAUGUGAAUAUAUCAAGUUGGUGAAUGGAAUAGACUGUUAAUUACCUCUAAAUUGAGAAAACACUGAUUUGUUUACAGCACAACAAAAUAAUUUAGAAUGAUGCAGAUUAUUUAAAAUCUUCAAACAUGGCUUGCUUCUGCUAGUUCUGACAAACACACCAGGCUUCAUGUGUCUGCAUUUGUAAAUAUCUUUAUAAAAAUUUCACUUCACAAGCUUUUUUUGUCAACUUUUUCCAAAUUAGAGGUAUCAACUUUAUGCUGACUGCAUUGAUUUUCAAUAUAUUUCCAACAUUAUUAGAAGUUUCAUUGGUCACAGGAAUUUUGGUAAGUUAAGACACCGGGAGUGUUGUAAUAUAUUUAACGUUUUUGAAACUUGUGUAUUUUGUCAGUAACACUCCCUAGCUUUGUGGAAAGUGUCAUUUAAUUGCUUAUUUAACCACUUCUUGUUUCAAUCCUACAGGCAUAUAAAUGUGGUAAAGAGUUUGCCAUGAUAACAUUAACAUGUAUUGCUGGUUAUACACUCUUCACAUUUGGUAUUACUCAAUGGCGGACAAAAUUUCGUGUCGAAAUGAACAAGGCAGAUAAUGAAGCAGGAUCAUUGGCAAUUGACUCCCUACUCAACUACGAAACUGUUAAGGUAUAUUUAGAUAAAGCUCGACCUUUUCAUUAG